AUGAUAGCCGUACAGAAACCGUCAGCAGUCCCCGAUCCUCUCUCAGUUCCAGCGGAUGCUCCAGAACAUUGUCCAGGCACAGAAUCUGAUCUCGCAGGAAAAUCGGAUGCUUGUGCUGGUUGCUCCAACCAGGAAAUAUGUGCAUCAGGCGCUACGAAGCAGCCAGACCCUGCCUUACCGUUCAUUAAUGAUCGUAUGAAAAACGUGAAGCGAAAGAUUCUCAUUUUGUCGGGGAAGGGAGGCGUAGGCAAAUCUACCUUCACUGCCCAACUCGGGUGGGCUUUUGCUGCCGACGACAAUACUCAGACGGGCAUUAUGGAUGUUGACAUAUGUGGCCCUUCCAUUCCCUUGAUUCUUGGCAUUGCCUCUGAGCAAGUGCAUUCAUCCUCGUCUGGCUGGUCUCCUGUAUAUGUACAAGACAACCUGGGAGUAAUGUCUGUUGGAUUCAUGCUGCCAAGCUCCAGAGAUGCUAUCAUGUGGAGAGGUCCGAAGAAGAACGGCCUAAUAUCUCAAUUCCUUAAGGAUGUCGACUGGGGCGAUCUUGAUUAUCUACUGGUCGAUACUCCACCCGGAACUUCUGACGAGCACCUGAGUAUCGUACAAUAUCUCAAGGAAAGCGGCAUAGAUGGAGCUGUUUUGAUAACUACUCCCCAAGAAGUUGCUCUGCAAGAUGUUCGUCGUGAGAUUGACUUCUGCCGAAAAGUUGGAAUCCGGGUGCUAGGAUUGGUGGAGAAUAUGUCGGGUUUCGUCUGUCCUAGUUGUAAGACGGAAUCUCAAAUAUUUAAACCAUUCACUGGCGGUGCAAAAAGACUGGCAGAAGAAAUGGGCGUUGAGCUUCUCGGUGCGGUCCCACUCGACCCCCGUAUAGGGAAAAGCGCAGAUUAUGGGGUCAGCUUUUUGGAUGAGUAUCCAGACAGUCCGGCUACCGCAGCUUAUAUAGGCAUCAUUGUCCGAAUAAAAGAAAUUCUUGGGGACUGAACGUUUAAAAUAAUCGGAAUCUAUCGUUAUUUUAUACCAGCUGUCUAUUCUUCACGAGUUGUAUCGAUUAUUCCAUUGUCUCCCCAGCAGCAUAGAUGGUAGAAGGUGCUAUAUACUACCUGGAAAUAUCAACCAUUUUACCUG